AAAAGYAGUGGCGUUUCAGUUGCCAAGCAAUCCUGUCUUUCGGGUUGGAAAAAAGUUGGGCAACAAGAGAAGUCUUCUUGUUCUUCUCCCAUCAGAUUGAAGACAACGAUUUUCAGCCUGCUCUUUGUUUAAGGCUCCGGGCAAAGAUGUCCCGCGCUGCAUCAAAGUCCCGUGCUGAGAAGGGGCGCACCAACUCUGCUCCUGCACCCCCCCCUCCUCCUUCCCAGAGUCCAGAUGUGGUGGACAUUGUCCCGGGCCGCCUGACAGAGUCUAACUGGGUCUCCAUGCUAGUGCAGGAGGAAGGAGAGGAGGUGGUGGUGGAGGUCCUGUAUGAAUUCAUGAACCAUAUCAUGGAGAAGUGUUACACUGUGUACCUCCAGAGACAGCCAGAGUUAUUCACAACGUCUUGGGCCCGAGAUUCUUUGGUGCAGAUUCUGGAGUGGCAGUUCCUGGUCCAGGAUGAGGGGGAGGGGCCAGACAGUGCCCCCUCCUGGGAAGAAGAUUCAGAGCCCCUGCCGUCAACUACAGACUCCUGGGCACAAGGCUGUGUGCUGGUUCUGCAAGCCAAGCCCAAAAAAUACCCUUCUCCCCUACAGAGGUCCACUCCGGUUGGUGAGGCGGCUGGACGGACAGGUCAUAGGGCCAAUCACAAGACUCACACAGUGAGACAGCUUAGUUCCUCUCCCAAGCAUUCCAGAGAAGACAGAAAAGCCAGAGAGCCACCAGGUUUUAGGGGUUUCAAACUAUCCCCUGCCCCCCCACCCAUAACUGAGGGAGGGACCUGGAGGCAGCAUCACUCAUCACCCACCACUCCCACAGAGGACUACCUGCAGUCUCCAAGGCAUUCUCUGAACAGCUCAGUGACUGAGGUAGAAAAGUAUGUAGAGACAUGCCCAAACAUCUCUGUCCAAAGUGCUAAGCUCUGUCCUCAGCGUGGAGGCUUCCCAGCCAUGCCGAGACUGGAUCUUACCCGUCUUCCACGCCAUCGUAUCUGGCCCCAAUAUGAAGUGCUGGAUGCCAGUCCCUCAAAGCGCCAUCCAUUGAGAACCGGAGGUCCACUGGCAGCAGGGCAGAAUCUUGAGAAACAACACACCACAAAGGCAAUGAAACCCUUGACCAACUACAAAGGCCCAUCCAUGGCCCAGAGGAGAAAUGCCCUGACUGGGGCAGUCUGUCUGACCAUUAAAAGGAGGAGUAUUCCGCAUGGGGGCAACAGUGAGGGGAUUGUACCCUUCUCUGGCACCCUGAUGCUGGAUAGCAUGGAGCUGGCCCCUGGGGUCACUCUCAAAGGCCCCCAAGGGACCCGUUUCAGCCCCCUCAAAGGAUGCCCAGCCCAGCCAGAGCACAGUGCAGAGCUGAGGCCCAUACAGAACAAUCUGCCUGUGCCACUGUUUCCCCUGGAGCAGCUGACGGCCGGACCAGACCCUCAGGUCAACACACUGAUUUGACACCAACUUGGCCAUAACUCAAGAACUUUGGGAAGGUCAAUUACUGAAGACAAAAUAAUGGGAUCCAUUUCAUGACAAUAACUUUAAGAAUUAAAGAAAUAUACAAAUUGUUGAGAUUAAAUAACGUUUAAAAAAGUUUUUAUUUUAAAAUGUGUAAUUUUCCAGUGAUUUCUACAUACAAUGAAAGUAGAAAUUUGAGUUAACUUCACUUUUUCCAGCUAAUCAGAUAUUUGAUGCUCCAUGGUGGAGCAGUAGGCCAUAUGUGGGCUUUCAGACUGAGGUAGAAAGGCAUUUUUUUCUCUCAAUAGUAUGAGUAAAUUUAACAAGAUGGCACGGUGUCAUAUAUAUAAUAUACAUUGUAUUGCUCGGAUUGCCAUAAAUUGACAGUAUUUUUUG